UAAGUGUCUCUCGAUAUGUCAAGACCAGCUCUGUUCAUCAUUUUUCUGGUCCUCCAACUGGUCCAUUUAGGAAGCGGCCGGAUUGUUAGAGACUCCGGUCUUGUAUCCAAUGGAAUAAACGAUGAAAUAAGCCAAUCUUCAAUCCUCGAAGGACUGAAUCUUAAAUCAGAUUCUGUGACUUGUGAACCAAUUUUUGGCUUCUUGCCUUGUGCAACUUCAGUUUGGGGGCUUCUUUUUCUAGUAAUCAUCUACGAGGUCUUGCUCUCCCUCGCAGAUCAGUACGUUUCAAGAGGAUCUGAAAUCUUCUUUGAAUUGUUUGGGACUGGUGUCUUUGGUGCUAGUGCUUUCCACCUGCUUGGCUUGAUUCCACAAGUUGGAAUGGUUCUUGUAAUUGGAGUUACAGCAACUACAGAAACUGUGGAGGAAAUGGCAGAAAUGAGCAUGAGCAUGCUUGCAGGAUCAUCAAUCAUGAUUCUUACCCUAAUUUGGGGUUCUGUUGUUGCUUUUGGUAGCUCCGACCUCUCGGAAUCUCAAACUUUAUCAAAUCCAGAAAAUAAGAAACCCUUAACUGGUUUACUUGCUGUUGCUUUCGGUAGCUCUGACCUCUCGGAUUCUCAAACUUCAUCAAAUCCAGAAAAUACGAAACCCUUCAGUUUAACUGGUUCUGGUGUAAGAACUGAUGUCGAAACGCGAGAUACUGCAAGAAUCAUGAUGUUCUCGUUGAUCCCAUAUCUCAUUCUUCAGCUGGCAAAAAUCUUGACUUCAACCACAGCGGUUCGAGUUGUGAUCUUAAUUGCUCUACUGAUUGCAUCUGCAUUCCUUGCCACUUACUUCAUUUACCAGUUCUUUCAACCAUGGAUUCAGAGUAGAAGGCUUGAAUAUUUGCUACGUAAGUACAUACCGAAAAACAUACUGCCGAGUCUUAUGACAGUAGGCGGAAACCCUAAUGUAUCUAUUAUAAAAGGGCUGUUCCAUAGAAUAGACAAGAAUCAUAACAAAUACAUAUCAUCAGAUGAACUUAGAGCAUUGAUCCUAGGAAUACAAAUAGAAGAAAUAGGUCUGGAUGACGAUGAUUAUGUAUCAGAAGUGAUGAAGCAAUUUGAUCUCUCUGGCGACGCUCAAAUAGCUGAGACGGAGUUUGUGAAUGGAAUCUCAAAAUGGAUUAAUCCAGCCAAGCCCCCUGCCAACGAUAAAGGUCAUGAACAUACAUCGCUUUUCAGAAGAAAUAAUUCCAAGAAUGAGAAAUCUAUGGAAGAUCAGCUUACGCUGCUGAUCUCUAAGAAAAAUGGGACUAAGGGUGCUGAUACAUCGUGGAUGAAUCUCCUGAAGGCUGCUUUUCUAAUUAUUCUAGGAACUGCCAUAACGGUUUUUCUUUCAAUGCCCCUCAUGGUAAGUCUCCGAAAAUUUUCCACUGCUGCAAGCAUCCCUUCUUUCGCGGCCUCGUAUGUUGUGAUACCCUUGGCUACAAACUACAGACUGGCGCUAAUGUCAGUAACGUCUGCCAAAGAGAAGACGGAGGAUGCCAUCUCUUUAACACUUUCUGAGAUUUACACAGCGGCGUUCAUGAACAACAUUGUGGGGUUGGUCAUAUUUUUGGCGCUCGUUUACAUACGAAAUUUAUCAUGGGACGUGGCUGCUGAAGUUUUAGUUGUUUUACUUAUUUCGACAGCGGUAGGUUUUUCUGCCAGCUUCAGCAGAAAGUUCCCAUUUUGGACAUGCAUUCUAGCAUACAUUUUGUACCCAAUAUCACUGCUGCUGGUUCAUGUUCUUACCACUGUUAUCGGAUGGUCUUAAGCCAGCAGUUUCGCGACUACCAAAUAUUAUUACAGCAAAAUACGCUUUCAUUGUAGCCA